AUGCAUGACGAAGACGACGACGAUAAUGAAAAUAUCGCAAUGGAAGAACGUCUUCUAGCAAGACUAAAGAAGAGAUUAUCAAUGCUGAGUAUUGGAAUUUCAGGUUUAGAGGGACACCAUUAUACAUGUCACCAGAAUCAGUUAAGGGUCAGAUUAACAUCAUUGGAUAUAUGGUCUCUUGGAUGUAUAGUCAUAGAGAUGAUCACUGGGUUAAAUAUAUGUAGGAACCCUCUAACUUCAAAGGAGAUGAUUCCAACUACAAAUGAUAUGAUGUACAAGCUUGUUGUCCUUAAAGAAGCACCGAAGAUACCUAAUGGAGUAAGUGAGGAUUGCAGAGAUUUCUUGAGCAAAGGUUUCAUCAAGAAUCCUAGUCAGAGAUGGAUUGCUAGCAAGCUUCUCCACCGUCCUUUUCUAUUUUCUCCAUGUGAUUCUUUUGGAGGUUAUGAAAGAUUUCAUAUGGUUAAUCUGUCGUCCUCAUUUUUCACUUAUGAUCGUAAUUGGUUAUCAUUUAAGGCAUAA